CUCUGUGCUCACUCUGGGGGAGCACCCGCUGAGAAAAGACCCUGGUAUCGGCUGGUCACGUGUCUCCCAGAAUCUGGGAGGUAACAAAAAUAAUAACUAAGGGUAGGGUAGCUGAGUAUUAUGUUUUAUGCGCGAUGAGUUUUGCUGCGAAAAUGCCGAGGAGUGAGAAAUCAUAUUUAGCCUGUACGAUAUGAAAAGCUAUGAGCGAUCAAAUAUUACGGAAAUAAAUACCGCAAGAAGUGUUGACAGUCUAUUUAUCUCAAACCAUAUCAAGUAACAUAUCAAAUUACAAUCGAGGAACAUGUGCUUCAGUCUCAAAGCUCAUUUUACUGUCCGGAAUGGCUUCGAAGGAAACACCUGUAAAAGCGUAUCGAGCUUUUAAUCCUUCCACAAAUUCUUCUUCUUGUCGACUAUGCAGAACUGUUGGCGAUCCCAAUCACCGCAAGAACUUAUUCAAGCCUGCGAAUCGAGCUUUGCUGAGAAUUGCCGAGAAAAUUUGCGGUCAUUCCAUUGUUUACGACGCGAAUUUACCGCAUCUUUUAUGUCGACCAUGCGAACGCAGGCUUAAAAAUACUAUAGCCUUUCAGCAGAUAAUUGUGGAGACCGAGCAGUCAUUUCGCCAGUCCUAUCAGACCCGUUUCAAACGCUGUACCGAUGUUUCUCCGUCUAUUUCCCAACCGCCAAGAUCACGCCAAGCAACAUCAACUGCGGCGCCUUUAGCGAGGCAUUCAGCAAGAACUUCGUUGUCGUUUGAUUCUUGUCACGAUCAAGAGUCCAGUGUGAAUUAUGAUAUAGAAAAUGUAAAUCCUUUGCAAGCUGGUUACAAUGAGCAACUUAAGAUUGCCAACAAUGAAUUGGUAAAUAUUGCUAGAAGAGAUGAACCAUCUGUGCUAAGAGAUCGGUCCUAUGCAGGUUUGUCCCAGGAAACGUGGAUGGUUGAAGUUAUAAAAGAACUUUCCACUAGAUGCCCCACAGUUGCAGAUAUCUUAUCAAGCUUGCUCGAUUGUUCGAUGGAGAACCUUGGCAAGAAGUUAUCUCCCAUUUGCCUGAUUUAUAGCAUCAUCAUGUUUAUGAGAUGUCAUGAGCUGAGCAGAAUUCAGAGAAUUAACACUGUCAUUCUGACUGAUGGAAAGGCAUCAACAAAUUUGCUUGAGCGACUAAACAAGUAUGGCAUAUGUCUCAGCCCUUCUAAAAAGUAUGUUGUCCUUGAUGACAUUGGCAAACACUUUUUGGAUCAUGCAGUGGAGUUGGUGAAGGCUGGGAAGAAGUUUGUCUUCGUUGUCGACAACAUAGAUUGGGAGGAGAAGGUGCAUGAUAUGCGAGAAAUUCAUCAAAAUAAGAGUGUCCAUGCUGUUGCUACCAGCAUGGUAUUCACCCGAGUUUCAAGUGACCACCUACCUGAUGAUGGCCCUCAGAAGGAUAUAAAAACUUGCAACUUCCGAGAAAUAGUUGACAUGAAGGAUGAAGAGCUAAAGGAGAUUCACUAUCGUUACAAGAUAUUGGUAGCACGAGUCUUAAUCAAGAUGUUUCCAGAAUUCAGCAGAAUUAAAUCAUACAUAUCUCAGGAGCUUCUACUCACUCAUGAACAUUCUGAUACAGCAUCUUGUAAGUCAGAAAUUAUUACUAUGCCUGUACUAAUGAAAGAUGAGAAAAAGUAUAGCGAUUGUGUUGAUGUUCUUGACCAGCUGGAAGAGUGGACACACGAGAUAUACAAGGCAAGUGGCAAGUGUCAAGAUCAUGCAGACCAUGCAUCUGCUUCCCAUCCCUUGAUAGAAGUUCCAACACGACCAGAUCAACCAAGAUCCCACAUUCCACCUUCUACUCAAAAUUCUGAUCCACUUCAAGGAGUAAAAGUUGCUUGCUUUGGCGAUGAGUUAACAAGAGUGAGGUUUGCUGGAGCACGUGACCUUUGUUCUGGUUGUCACACAGCGAAGCAGCGACUUGAUCAUUUAUAUCCAUAUCGAAUUGUUGGAUGGCAUACAAAGAGGAGUUUUUUAAAGUCUGUCUUUAAACGGCUGUACAAAAACUCCAGCAGAGAACAUGGCACAUUGAGAUACUUUCGGGAAGUGCUUAACAGAAGAAAUGUGACAGUUGACAUCAAGCACUACGAACACUGUGAGCAGUUCUUCAUGAGUGUUGGUCACUGUUAUCUGAUUGAAGCACUGCUUCAGUUCUUCAAGAUGGAAGAUAUUAAAGGGUUGCCAAAAGAGAACGAUCCUUUUCUCCAUCACAAUGAAAGUGAUGAAGAAAAGAAGGCCCAUGUUUUAGAAGUACUGGACAAGUUUGUUCAACAGUUUCUUUGUCCAACUGAUGUUGAUGACAGUACUGACUCUUUAGAUGAUGACAGCACUACCUCAGAUGGUGUAUUUAAUUAUGCACUCAACCUAUUGAAGUCAUUUAUGGUUCUUCUGGAUUGCAAGGAUGCUGUAGCUUCUGGAAAUGGUGAGCAUUUGGCCACAAUCCAGAAACAGAUGUUAUUCUAUUUCUCAUCUGUUUCUGGAUAUAAUGUUUAUGCCAUUGAGAUGCUUAUAUUUACCAUCCAGAAUGAAAUAUUGUUAUCACCUCGAGAAGCACAUCAGUGUAAGUGGGCAGCUUUGGCUAACUGGAGCGGAGGUAAAGACAAAAACAUAGAGAUUGAUUUAUUACAGGAAAACCGGAAUGCAGAUCUCAAAGGGCUUAUUCGGAUGAUGGGGGCCAACAAGACAGAGAAAGCCAUUGGGAGGAUGAGUAAAGCUGCUGGAGGGGUACGUAAGAUCGUUGAUGUGUUCGACGAACAGGCAUCCAUUAGACGUAAAUCUUCAGCCCAUUCCCAUCGGUCAUCGUCUGAAGAUGAGAAUAAAAUCUCCUCAGAUUUGCACAAAUUAAAGCCCUUCGCUUUCCUGGGUGGUCGAUCUCACUCUUCAUUUGUGGGGAUUUCUUCAGACCCAUUGGAAGAUUUAAAUGAAGAAGCGUUUUGUGAAUGGCUUAAGCGACAUCAAAGGAAUAUUGCAUUGCAUUUCCCAACAGUUGAAGAAGCACCUACUGUACAUGCAGAUGCAGAGGAUGAUGAACAAAGUGAGGAUUUCAGUGAACUAAUGCACUCGCUAUUAAUUGAUGACGUCACAGAUGAUAUCUAAAACAACACUAAAUUGCCAUUACCCAUAUAUAGUCUGAAGGAACAUUUGCCUGUUCCCUCUACUGUCUUUCUCUACUAUUUCUGAAUGUUUUCACUUGUUUACGUUGAAUAACCUUGAACAUCAAUUCCAAAUUGUUAAUGUUCAAUGUUAUCAUCAAGUAAGAGUAAUUGUCUUUGUACAAGUUAUUGUCUUUCCCAGCAAAGCUCACUUUGAAGAGAAUUUAUUGAUUUAAAGUGAGACUGGUGGUAAAGAUAAAAUCAUAUAACAGAAAGUCCACAUGAGUUCUCCUGUCCCCAAUCUGGUGCAGCAAAAUUGCUACAAAAAUUAUACUAAAGUCAAAUUUUAAUGUAUAUGUGUGCAUUCUGUAAAUGAUUUAUGUAAAUAUCUGUAAAUAAUGUUUAAAAGUUCAUUUGGGAAUCAUGUAAAUUUUUGUAUAUAUAAUAAGAGAUUAAAAAUUUUCCUAUGU